AUUGUUGUUUAUUUUAUUCGGCGCUAUGCUCCACCACGGGGCGAGCCUUUCGACUCAGUUUUAACGCGCGCGUUUUAUGAAACAACUAUGCGUCGAUGUUCGCUCGCAGAUAAUUAUUCAUAUCGUGAACGAAAAUAACUAUCGCGGUAAACAAAUUCGCAACUUUAUUAUAAGGUUUUUACUUUUAUUUUUUAUUAACAUCUCGAGACACCGGCGUUGUCUCCGCGAAUCUUAAUAGCGGUUAAUCAUAGUUUAUUUUUACCGCGCAACGUGUGUUAAUAAUUGUGCUGGGGCCACUAGCGUCCGUGUUUCUUUUAUUUUGCUAUCGUGUUUGGUUUGAUUCUCUGCAUUUGUAUUGCGGAAGCGAUUUCUUGUGCGAAUAAAAAAUAUAACGCGAAAACCGGCCGUGUUUUGAGAUUGUUCACCCACAGACCUGAUUAUUACUGAUAAGAAUUGGUCUUUGCCGCGUUAAAAAUAUAAUCAAGGAGUUACAAUUCAACACCAGAUAUUGUUUUAUUCGCGUUGUCGUAUAUUCGUGUAUUUUGGAAAGUUUGUCGCUUGAGGAGCAUGUGCUAAGGAAUAGAGACUGGACAGAAAGUUUGGAAAAGUGCUGAGUACACAUUUGAUGCGGCGAGUGUUUUUUCAACGCGUUUUCGAGGCUAAGCGCUAGUUGUUUGAACAAGUGUGUUUUCUAAUGGAUUUAUUUUGAGAUUGUAUUCAAAACAUCUGAGCUGUAUCGCUUCAGUCAUUUCAAGAGCAUCGGAGAGGUGUGCCGCAGGGCACCAUACGCGGACCCACACUUUACUAUAGAAGUUAAUUAUUUAGUGUUUUAAUAAUAAAUAUUUAUUGAUAUACAAUCUGUGAUUCCUGAAUGUGUUUCCAACGGGACGAAGACGAUGGUGAUCAUAUAAAUGAUUUGAGACCAAUGGUGCAGCUACCUGUACUGGGUCCGGAGCCGGCACUGAACACGAGCCCGGGCGGUGCUGCCAAGCCGCCGCUACUCAACUCAUUCGAGCUGGACCGCUGUCUGGACCGAGAGGAGUCGGGCAGGUGGGGCGACCCAGCCCGCCGGCGGCGGCGCAGUUCCCCUCCACGCCGCGCCUCGCCGCCGCGCGACCAUGAGCCCCUCUCACUCGCCAGGGCGUCAGCGCCUACUUCACCUACCGGGGGGUCGGCGCACUCUAGCCCGGCGCCGGUGUCACCAUCCAGCGGCGCGGGGGCGCGGUCCCCAAUGCCGUUGGUGGCACCAGACCUGCUUGCGAUGCAGCUACUCGACCAGCACUCGCAACUGCAAGCGCUUAUGAAGCAGCGUCUCUUUCAUCAACACCAUAUGCAGAAACAGCAUAUGACUUCGGAGGCAGCUAAGAGACAGCUGGAACAAUCGCGGCUGCAGGACCAGAUCAACCUGAAUCUGCUUUCACAGUCGCAUAUGCAGCCGCCUGACUCUUCUCCGGGAUCGCUGCAGCAGCAGCUGGGCGCGCAGCAGCAGCAACUAGUGCAGCAACUGCAGGCGGUGCAGCGCCAGUAUCUCAUGCACGGCCCACUUUCCGUACCACCCAAUGCACCACCAGGUCUGAUGCUGUGGGGUAGCGAGAUGGAGGAACACCCAUUGUUCGGGCGUGGAGUCUGCAAGUGGCCGGGCUGCGAUGCACUUGCAGAUGAUUACCAAGCAUUCCUCAAGCACCUGGAAGCAGCGCAUACGCUGGACGACAGGUCAGCUGCGCAGGCACGUGUGCAGAUGCAGGUGGUGGCCCAGCUGGAGCUUCAGCUGCGCCGCGAGCGCGACCGCCUCGCCGCCAUGAUGCGCCACUUGCAUGCCGCUAGAGAUACCCACCAUAAGAUGCCACACGGUAGCGCGAGUGAGGGCGCUUCACCCGGACCUGUACGGCGACGCGUCUCUGAUAAAUCUGGCGUCGCAAUUGCUGGUGAGAUUCAACGCAACCGUGAGUUCUAUAAGACAGCGGAUGUACGGCCUCCGUUUACUUACGCUUCUCUUAUUCGUCAGGCUAUCAUAGAAUCUCCGGACAAACAACUGACUUUAAAUGAAAUCUACAACUGGUUCCAAAGCACCUUCUGCUAUUUCCGACGAAAUGCAGCUACUUGGAAGAACGCGGUGCGUCACAACUUGUCGCUGCACAAAUGCUUCAUGCGCGUCGAGAACGUGAAGGGAGCUGUGUGGACAGUCGACGAGGUGGAGUUCUACAAGCGACGGCCGCAGCGAGCCGCGCACGCGCCCGCACUGCACGCGGGGUUCAUGGGUGCUCAGAGCCCCCCGAUCAUGACCAGCCCUCAUGGAUACAGCGAGGCGUUGAAACGUAACCUUCAGGGCAUGAUGGAAGAUUGCAACUUGUCCUACAUUUCUGGUGAGGACCAUAUGAUGCAACCAGAGGAAUAUCCUUCUUCUCAUGAUGAUUACAGUCGUCCUCCAAUGAUGAAUGGCUACGGAGGCGGCAGCAGCCACGACAAAGCAGAAGAUCUGAGUGGUGGUGAUGUGCAAGAUGUCAAGCCAAAUAUAUACGCUCUAAAGAAUGAGAUGCAAGCCUCUGAUUAUUCUAACAAAGAUUAUACCAACCAUAAAGAGUCUUCAAGCAAUCGUAAUGAGCCGAGUCCUUAUGAGGAUUACACGCGUUCUGAUGAUAGAUACAGACCUUCUAUGUCACAUGUAAAAGAUGAAGCUGAGAACCUCUCGCUUAAUGAACAAAGAUCUGACAAGUAAAACUGAGAGAAUAGCACUUUGUGCUUUAACGCGCUCUCUAACAACGAAAGUGAAUAAAACGACGAACUUAUAAAGAGCAAUACGAUGCUUGAACUUUAUUUUAACUAGUUUAUUAACUAAUAUGUUUUUUUCUUUCCGCGUAGAAAUUAGCUUUCUAUAAUCACAGUAUGUAAUACUUCUACGGGUGUAUUUUCGAUUUAGUAUAGUUCAUGUGUUCAGGAGGAAAAAAUUAAGAUUAGUGGAAUGUAGAUUUUAUUAUAAAAUUUGAUUUAAAUAGCCCGGUUUAACGGGACAUUUUCUAGUAUUAUAGCUUGUACCUAUGUUAUUUUUUUUUGCGUUAGUGUUUAUUUUUAGGAAGAAUUUCGAAUUGUUAGUUAUAGAGUAAGUUUGUCGUAGGAAGGGUCGGUUGGUCCUUCGACCUUUAAAGGUCCAUAUCAAUAUUUAAUCAUUUGUAUAAAUUAUUAAGAACAAUAAGUAGUUUUACUUGUUUACAAUAUGGUACAUAAGUUAAUACGCAAAGCGUUAUGUUUCAUUUCAGGCAGUUCGUUGUUAUUAUCUACUUAUUUAAAAGCAAAUCGAUUUUUGAUUUUUUUUUUCAUAGAUCUCAAUAUUACACAUCUGUGCUACUCACAAUAUAGGGUUGUCACGUCAUAAGU